UCACAAUUUUAUCAAAUUCACCGAUUAUACCGCAAAGUCACUAUAGACCGGAAUUUUGAUAUAUAAAGCAGAAAAAUAUUCACUUUUCAAUUCAUUUUUAAAUAUAACAAUCCAUAUGCAAAUCUUUGUUAAGACCUUGACUGGUAGGACAAUGACCCUCGAUGUCGAGCAAUCUGAUACAAUUGACACAAUCAAGACCAAGAUGCAGGAGAGAGAAGGAAUUCCAGCUGAUCAGCAGAGACUCAUCUUUUCUGGAAAGCAACUUGAAAGCGGAAGAACCCUCUCUGACUACAACAUCCAGAAGGAGUCUACAAUUCACUUGGUUCUCAGACUCAGGGGAGGAAUGCAGCUCUUCGCUAAGACCCUCACUGGAAAGACCAUCACCUUCAAUGCUGAACAAACCGAUACCAUCAACACUGUUAAGACUAAGAUCAUGGAGAGAGAAGGUAUCCCAGCCGAAAGCCAGAGACUUGUCUUCGCAGGUAAGCCCCUCGAGGACGACAGGACUCUCUCUGACUAUAACAUCCAGAAGGAAUCUACCAUCCACCUGCUCCUCAGACUCAGAGGUGGAUUCUAAGCUAACUCUAUAAUCUAAUUUAACCGGUUAAAAUAUUUUCACGU